CAAACCUGCUCGGGCGGCUGUUUACUUCAACACGCAGCCGCUGUUAUUUGUCCAAGCAUGUCGAAACCGGCAGCAAGCAGCGCGAAACGUCGCCAUCGACGGUACUGUUGCGUUGUGAAUUGUCACGAACAGGAAGGGCUCAACCCCGGCGUGAGCUUCUACAGGUUUCCAUCCAAACCGCACGAAGUCGAGCAGAGGGAACGCUGGAUACGAGCCGCCCAGCGCACUGAACCCGAUGGCAAGCCUUGGCAGCCGACACAAAACUCGAGGAUGUGUAGCCGGCACUUCGUCGGCAACAAGAAGAGCAACUGCGUGGGCCAUCCAGCCUACGUACCUACCAUUUUUCCCCCGGCGUACAAACGACCGCUCCCACUCGACUCAUCAAGUGGCUUGGAACGUUUUGACAGAUGGCGGAAAAGACUUCAGAAAGCACCGGCAGUUCCAGCGCUGCACAGUGAGCCCUCAACAUCAGGCACGGCCGCCACAACACCAGUCACGGUCGCCACAUCGGGCACGGCCGCCACAACAUCAGUCACAGCCGUCGCAUCAAGCACAGCCAUCACGACAUCAAGCACAGCUCCCACAGCCUCAAGCACCGCACCGAGCCCAGUUUCCACCAGCGUGCCCCCGACAUCAAGUCCUACAUGCCAGCCAACAUCCAGUGCUGAAAAUCAUAAUAUCUCUGGUCCUGCUGAUCAGGAAGGAGAGUGGUCCUCGAUGGACAUUGAAGAGGACCAACUCAUCGGUGAGUGCAGCAUGGUAAGUAAAGUAAUAUCACGAGAUAGCCGAACAAAGAUCGAGAGCAGGAAAAGUAAGAAGUGGGCACACUUUUGGUGCAGAGCAGAAAAAAAGCUAAAAAUGUUAAAUGAAGUGGUUUUAUGGUACCAAACAUUUAGUUGUACAAGUGUUCGACUGUACAACAGUGGCCAGGUUCUUCUUAAUAAUAUAGCUAAAAUUGUGGGCCAGGUUGUCCCAUCUGAACAGGAGCAGCUCACAAGAUCCCUGGGAGUUGGGCCUCAUGCAAGAACCUGCUUCUUUGGUGGCUAUGACAGCAUAAAGCAUAGCCCAGAUGCACUGCGAAGCUUGUGCGGUGUUGACGGCAAUGUGUUUGCUUUGCUGCUUAGCCUACUGCCAACGGUUCGAGACCGGGGGAGUGACGUUACAGUAGAAAACAAAAUGCUGAUCUUCCUCACAAAAAUGAAACUGGGAAUAUCGUUUAGCGCUGUUGGAACUCUCUUCGGGGUCCACGAGACCACUGCCUGCCGUACAUUUUAUGCUGUGCUGUACACCUUGGCAGAGGUCACUAGAGGUUGGAUCAGUAAGCCUCCUGUGAGCAACAUCAAGCUUGCGCAGCCGCUUUGUUUUCAGGAAAACUAUCCGGAGUGCACUCUCAUUGUAGAUUGCACAGAGAUAAAAACGGAGACACCCCCCAACAUUAGGCAGCAGCACGUACUGUACUCCUCGUACAAAGGAUGCUACACACUGAAAUUCCUUGUUGGAAUCAUCCCCAAUGGAAUGGUGGUGUUCAGGUCCAAACCGUACGGUGGUCGAUGUUCAGACACAUACAUCACACUAAACUCUGGAUUUUUGAAUGUGCUCGAAAGCGACGACAUGGUUCUUGCAGACAAGGGAUUUCCUGGCAUUCGCGCUUCUCUUGCCGACAGGGGGGUCAUCCUUGUAAUGCCACCAUUCUCGGCGGGAAGCAACGUUCCAUUCACUACCGAGGAAAUGGAAGAGACCUACGCAGUUGCUUCGGUGCGCAUUCAUGUGGAAAGGAUGAUUCAAAGAAUUAAGCUCUACGACAUCCUUAACCACCGAGUUCCCAUUUCACUGAUACCAGCAAUGGGAGACAUUUUCCACAUGUGCUGUGUUUUGGCCAACCUUCAGCCACACAUUAUCAGCUCGUAGCCUGUGAACUAACUUGAGAACCCUUAGGAACCUUUCAUUUUUUUAAAUUUUAUUUUCAUGAACUUCGUUGGUUUUUUGGCAGCACUUUAAUUUUUGUGAGGAUGCAACAUUUGCAGAUUGAAGACAAUUUGCAAAAGAUUGAUCUCGCGAAGAAACAGUUCC